ACGUUUAAACGUCACCGCCGCGGCGGAGAUGUGCUACAGAAAAUUAAACCAUUUAGAGGUGUAUUUGCGGAAAGGAAAGAGAGGGGGGGAGAGAGAGAGAGAGAGAGCGAGGAUUCCUUCAAGCGAGAACGUAGGAUUCUUGGAAACCCUAGCUUCCUCUCCGAAACCUAAGAGCUCGACGACGAUGGUCGGAACCCUAGCGGGCCUCCAAGAUCACCUGAAGCUAGCCAGGGAGUACGCGCUUGAAGGCCUCUAUGAUACCUCCAUAAUCUUCUUCGACGGCGCCAUCGCUCAGAUCAACAAGGAUUGUCAAGUUCUGUACUACGAUGAUGGGCAACAUACUAACCAAACAGCUGUAUUAUGAAAAUGGGUUGUCUGAGAGGAUGAUGCAGGCCAAGAUCUUCAUGUUGCAAGGGAAGGUUUUUGUAUAGGCAUCUGAGCACUCUGGAUGAUGCCAUCAUUCGUUCAAAAUGGAUGAACUGCAAGAAGGCUAUUUCUGAGGAAUUAGACAUUGUCAAACAGUUAGAUGCUGAGUUAAAGGCUUUCAAGGAAAUUCCCGUGUCCAGGCGGUCCUCUUCACCCCCAAUACCUACAAAAUCCUUUGUUUUCCAACCAUUAGAUGAAUACCCAACCUCCUCAGGUGCCCCCUUGGAUGAUCCUGAUGUUUGGAGACCACCUAGCCGAGAUCCACAGAGCAGAAGAUCCUCGAGGGCUGGGCAAGCAGGUACGAGAAAAUCUUCCCAAGAUGCAACAUGGGCACGUAGUUCAUCUAGGGCUGGAACAAUUGGACGUGGGACAAAGUCAAGUGCAGGUAAAAGUAGUUCGGGUGUCAGAUCAUCAACAUCAUCUGGACUGUCAGGGAAGAAAGGCAAAUCAAGCUCUAGCAAGGCAGAUUCACAGAGUGGUGAUGCAGAGGAAGGAAAGCCAAAAAGGGGGCAGUACGAAGGACCGGAUACAGACUUGGCUGCGAUGCUAGAAAGGGAUGUCUUGGAGACUAGCCCUGGUGUAAGGUGGGAUGAUGUUGCAGGGCUCACUGAAGCCAAAAGACUUUUAGAGGAAGCUGUUGUUCUUCCGCUAUGGAUGCCCGAGUAUUUUCAGGGCAUUCGUCGGCCAUGGAAAGGUGUUCUUAUGUUUGGUCCACCUGGUACUGGAAAGACACUUUUGGCUAAGGCUGUAGCUACAGAAUGUGGUACAACAUUUUUCAAUGUUUCUUCUGCUACAUUGGCUUCCAAAUGGCGUGGAGAGAGUGAGCGCAUGGUUCGCUGCCUGUUUGAUCUUGCAAGAGCUUAUGCUCCUAGUACAAUUUUCAUUGAUGAAAUCGAUUCUCUUUGCACUUCUCGAGGAGCUUCAGGUGAGCAUGAAUCAUCCAGAAGGGUGAAAUCUGAACUUUUAGUGCAAGUGGAUGGUGUCAACAACAGCUCUAGUGAAGAUGGUCAACGGAAAAUAGUGAUGGUCUUGGCAGCUACUAAUUUUCCAUGGGACAUAGAUGAGGCACUUAGGAGACGGCUGGAAAAACGGAUAUACAUACCUCUUCCCAAUUUUGAGAGUCGAAAGGAGCUUAUCAAGAUUAAUCUAAGAACUGUUGAGGUAGCUCCGGAUGUAGACAUCGAUGAAGUAGCUCGCCGAACUGAGGGUUAUAGUGGAGAUGAUCUCACAAAUGUCUGCCGAGAUGCUUCAUUGAACGGCAUGAGGAGAAAAAUUGCAGGCAAGACAAGGGAUGAGAUCAAGAACAUGUCUAAGGAUGAGAUCUCAAAUGAUCCUGUAGCCAUGUGUGACUUUGAAGAAGCUCUGAGCAAGGUCCAGAGAAGUGUUUCUGCUGCUGAUAUCGAGCGCCAUGAGAAGUGGUUUGCCGAGUUUGGAUCAGCAUGAUACUCAAGUGAAUUUCUGGAGCAGGUUGAUUCGCAGUUAUCAAAAUCCAUGGUCAUCUCUCUCUCUCUCUCUGUUUUUUUUUAAGAUGCCAUUUUCUGGGCUCUGCAUCAUUUGAGCUAUGUUUGUGCUAAUGUAAGUUAUCAACAUAUGAAACUGUAAUGUCAAAGCGACUGAAGGUGCUUAUUGAAACUAUUCUAGAUAAAAUUGUUAUAUUAGUUAUUAUCUGUAUGAAACUAUAAUUGAUGGAAACAACUUGUCUACUAAA